AUGGCCCAGCUCCAGGAAAAUACCAACGGCAUCGUUGCUGCUUUCUAUAUGUGCACCAGAAGCGACAGCAACGGCAGCCCCCUGAGCAGGGAGGAGCUGAGGCAGCUCAUGGAGCAGGAGUUUGCGGAUGCGAUGGAGAACCCCCAGGACCCCAAAACUCUCAAGAAGGUGCUGUGCUUCCUGGAUGAUGACAGCAAUUGCAGGGUUGACUUCAGCGAGUUGCUCAGCCUGGUUUUCCACGUGGCCAAGGCUUGUUACAAGCCACUCCAGCAGCACCAGGCACCGGGAGAUGGUCAGGAGCUGACAGCGCAAGAGAAGGCAGGUGGGGAGCAGCCGUCAGGGCUGUGCACAGCGGGGAGCGUCUCCCACAACCAGCAGGUCCCCGAGCAGGAUGCGAACAAUCAGGUCCAGGACACUGAGACACAGGACCCAGACAAUCAUCAAACCCAGGAGG